CUUACUCGACGAUCAAUGAUCUUCGCCACGCCAUUAAAAUCGAAUAUAUUCAUCAAAUCUACGAUUUACUAUUUUUAUUUACAAUUCUAUCACAAUCGUUUAAGUUCCAACGAUACUGUUUUCUGGAAUCGAUCACGAUGAAUAUAAAUAAAAUAAAAAUAAUUACCAAUGCAACACCGAAUCAUAUCAUGAAGCGAUAAUGCCUAAAAUUCUGAGAGAUGGCUUUUGGAGCAGCAGUUAUCAAAACAUAGUGACUAGUGACUACAUAAAACUACAUAAGGUGUUGUCGUACGGGGGUAAGAAAAAUGCCAGAGAACCGGAGAUACUUAGUUGGAAGGUGCAUAUGAUAGACGACGGUAUUAAGCAAUAUCCAUGCACAUAAGCGGUUACGCACGAGAACCGGUUCUCUUGAAUCUUUACACUUGAAAGGCUAAGUUUCCGAACGGUCAAAACGGCACAAGGUGAAAGUAGAAUGAUAAAAGAAAAAUUUCGAGUUCCCAGAACGAGUAUCACCCGUUGAAGCAUCUGGGUGGCAUGUUCAACGUGACUGAGAAAAAGAUGAAUGCAUUGUUUGAUCACAAUUUCGUGGCUGGACUCCUGCGUUCGGUAUGGGCUGUUGGCUAACCUAAAUUGUGAAGCUGAUCGUAUUUUGCGAUCGCAUAUACCAACGUGAAUAUAACUACGGAAAAUAAACACAUACGUAUCGUGGUGUGAUUAUCGUCACGUUAACGUUAAUCAUAUCAUCGUGGAGAUUAAGAUUAAGAGAUCGUCGUAGAGUGCAACGGUUCACUACCAAAUUGUUUACAAUGGCUGUGCCUAACAAGUGGGAGAAUGCUUGUAGAUUAUGCUCAGAGGAGAAAAACGAAAUGCUGUCGAUUUUUGGUAAUGAAGGUGUACAGCGUAAAGUGGCACAAAAGUUACGUGCUUGCCUGCCAGUUCUAGUGUACAAAACCGAUCCACUGCCAAAGCAAAUAUGUCAGUUCUGUGCCGCCAGGUUGGACGACGUUUAUGAGUUUAGAGAAUACUGUCUGAGCGUUUACAAAAGCAUGCACUUGAAGCUGUUAGCUUAUAAGGACAUUGAAUCUGUUCAGAUUUAUUUAGAAGCAAUGAAAAAUUCUCCUGAUCCCUGUCAGGCCCAACUAUGGAGAGAAAAGGCUAGAGCACCACCACCAUUAGUACCUUUGCCAGUUUCACUGCCAGUUGAAAGUCCAUCAAUGCCAAUAGAUAUUAGUCAAGACCAUCAAAAUAGUUGCAUUGAAUCAUUACCUGAAUUGCCAUGUGAAGUAGAGAUCAAAGAAAUGACUACAGAACCAAUAUUGGGAAUAGGUGUUAAUGUAUAUGAACCAUCACAUAAAAACAACAUAGAAAAUGAAUCAUAUAAUAAGUUAGAUAUAAUAGUGGAACAAAAUACAAGCUUAUUAAAAGAAGAAAGCAAUGACUCAAAACAAGGAAUACAGGUAAAAGAAGAAGAAAAGAGGACGAGUAUUUUAGAACAAGUACUAAUGGGUAGUUUAACAAUGAAUGAUAGGAAGGACUUAAAUUCAGAAACAAAGCUAUCUUCUAAGUGGUGGUGUACUCCUUGCAAUAGUUAUUAUAAAACAAAGGAAAGUUUAAUGAAACAUAUGCAGUUACACUGUCCAAGAAAGUAUAAUUGCAGGAAAUGUUCUGCUUGUUUUGAGUUGGUAGAAGAUUUGGCUAAACAUGAAGCUACUAAUCAUUUAAAAGUAACAUUAGACUUUGAUAGAAGUGUUCUAGAUUGCGACCAAUGUGAUAGACAAUUUGUUAGUUGGGAGAUGCUGAAGAAACAUAGAUUACGUGAUCACUUAACUCAAAUAAAUGAAAUUGGGUCUAAUACAUGGUGCUCUUUAUGUAAUAGAUUUUUCCCAAGUGUGGAAACUUAUCAAAGUCAUAUUCAAUUACAUGAGGUCAGUAAUUACACACCAACAAAAAUAUUACACCUAACGAAUCAACAAUCGGCGAAGGUUCUCAAAAGUGAAGAACCUUCAAAAGAAGUGAAGAGGGAACAUUUUACAGACGCUACUAAGUCACUUACGUGUCCUACUUGCGGAAAAGUUUGUACUCAACAAAGUGCGUUAUCAAAUCACAUGCGUACUCAUGAACCAAAAAGACAUAAAUGUGAUAUAUGCGGACGAUCAUUUGGACUUUUCAUACGUCUAGCAGCACACAGAAUGAGUGAACAUAGUCAGCAACCUACAAUGUCGCCUGUAAUGGCUAGCGUCGAACAAGAAGAAGCAUUAAAUGCCGAAAGGGAAGCUAAGGAGGCAAGAGAAGCUAGAACUCGUGCAUCAAGAACUAGGACAUAUUCAGAGAUGAUAGAAAGAGAAGAUAUUCCUAAUCAUGAAGAACCACCUUUAAAAAGAAACGUUCCAUUAAAUACCAAUGCAUUUAAAAAUGUGGCAAGAUGUGGUAUCUGUUUACAGUGGUUCAGCGAUCACACUACAAUGUUAACGCAUUUACAGACACAUUCGGAUAAUUUCACUUGUAAAAAUUUCAUGUGUCAUAUAUGUAAAAAAUCUUUCAAGGAAAAGUGGCAAUUAUUUAGACACGAGGUAUCUCAUAAACGAAAUGAAUCUGCAUCAGUAUAUAUAUGCACAGUAUGUAACAAAUCAUUCGUAGAUAAAAAUGCAUAUAAAGUACAUCAAAAAACGCACAUUGUUGACAAAACAUAUCACUGUCCUAAGUGUAAUAAAAUAUUUUUUAAAGAAGUAUCUCUGCUAACUCAUCAAUGCACGGCAGAAAUUGUGCUCGGUAAAAAAGGAGUAUCCUCAAAGUCUUCGCAAAAGUCUGCAUCGUUGAGUAACAGUAAAAGAUAUAAAUGUUCCAAAUGCAAUGCAUCUUUUAGUAGUUUUCAAUCGAAAAACUCUCAUAUGAGAGUACAUAUGGAAAGUUCACAUACAACAGUGCGAAAACAAGAUUUAAAGGAGGAAUCAGAAGAAGAAAAAACUAUGCCAAAAUUAACACCUGAAACAUCAUUGGAAUAUUCGGUUCCUCCUAUUGAACCAAAAGUAGAAAUAAACGAGGAAAGUACACCACCUCCUGUUAAACGAACUCUAAUCAGGACAACUGGCGGGUAUCGGUGCGGAGUAUGUCAGUCUCCAUUUGUUUUACGGGAAUUAGCUGUUGCACAUUUAAGAUCUGCACAUCCUCUGAUGCCAUAUCAGUGCCCUUAUUGUAAGAAACGAUUCACCACGCAAUAUACAUUCACGCAUCAUAUUAAGACAGACCAUCCUGAUGAGCACGAGAAUUGAAUUGUAUAAGUCAACAUGCCAAACGAUUAUUAUACCAUAAAAUAAUGCCUUUGAGAAUAGGGUAACUUUUGUUUAUACAGAGUGGUAACAACUAAUACGAUGCUCAAGUCUUAAACUAUUUGCAGCUAUGUAAAAGAGGAAAAUUUUGAACCAAAAUUUGUUUUUGUAAAAUUAAAAUUGAAAUUGAAAUUAAUUCUUUUCAAUUUGUUACAAAAUUUCUUAAUAAAACAUAAUAUAA